GUAAAAUCAAAUCUGUCAAAUUACUUAAGAGAAAAAUCCUUGAAAAAUCAGUGUUGAAAAAUGGCUUCUUUGAGGAGCCCGUCUACGCCGACUGACGGUUACAAAAGGUUCAGUGAUGAUUUCGCAAACACCAGCAUCAACAAUUACGGCUCAAACGUCUCAAAUGCAAGAACCGGCGAUGGGGCGGGAGACACAGGAACUCUGGACAUGGGAAGCAGGUCUUCCCUCCACACUGGACUCCACAUGUCAGAAGACGAGCAUUGGGAGAUGAAUUACCACGAGGCUGCUAUAUAUUUAGAGGAAGGUCAAAAUAAUGAAAAAUUCGACUCUCACCCCUCCAGUCCAGAAGAAUUACCCGCUUACCUGAGGGUCCACAAUCCUUGGUACCACGGGUUGGACCUGCUUGCUUCCUUAGUGCUUAUUCUCUUGGCAUUCACCGAGGAUCCGGCUGUGCCUGCUUUUGAGCUUCCAGUUUGGGCACACGGCACGAUAGAGUUACUAGCACUCUCCAUCAUAGGAGUGGAACUUCACCUCAAGUUAAAAUGGAUAGGGUGGAGCACCAUACUCAAACAUAAAAGAACUAUGAUCAAGGGUAUAACACUGCUAAUAAUGCUGUUAGAAGCCGUUGUGGUGCUGUGCCGGCAGUCUUCGCACUUCAGGGUGACGCGGGCGCUCCGCCCCAUAUUCCUGGUGGACACACGACAUUUUGGGGGCGUCCGCCGGUUUAUAAGACAAAUACUGCAGUCUUUGCCGCCUAUUAUUGAUAUGUUAGGUUUAUUAAUGUUUUUCGUUGCUACGUACUCCUUGUUAGGAUAUUAUCUGUUCUCUGAGCAUAUAGACAAUGGACAUUUUAGGACAAUUAGCGAUUCAUUUGUCAGCAUGUUCGUCCUGCUUACCACGGCGAAUUUUCCUGACGUUAUGAUGCCGUCUUACGCCAAGUCGAAGUGGUACGCGUUGUUCUUCAUUCUCUACAUCAUCACAGUUCUAUAUGUGUUGAUGAACUUAAUGUUGGCCGUCGUAUACGAGACAUUCACUCGCAUUGAGAGAGAGAAGUGCCGAGCUCUUUUGCUACACAGGAGGAGAGCCGCGAGACACGCCUUCCGUCUGCUAGUGUCCCGUAGGGCUCCAAGACAAGUGAAGUUGCGGCAUUUCGUCGGGCUUAUGAGGCAUUAUGCGCCUCAUUACAGUGGUCUAGACGUGUACCUGAUGUUCAAGCACCUAAACCAAUCGGGCAGCGGCGGGCUGGAGCGCGCGGAGUUCGCGAGCGUGUUCGACGUGUUCGCGCUGCGCUGGUGCGGGCAGCAUGCGCGCGCGCCGUGGUACGCCGCCUCGCCGCUCGAGCCGCUGGGGAGAGCGGCCGCCGCGGCAGUGAGGUGGCCUUAUUUCGAGUACUUGAUUUAUGCCCUCAUAGUUGGUAAUGGCGUGUCCAUGGUGUUGCGAGUCUGUGAAGCGGCUGGCGAUCUCCAAGCCAGUGCGAGGCUGCUCUGUGCUUCUUGGGAUACCUGGCUGUUCCUCACAUUGUUCUUACUGGAAGCAGUUCUUCGUAUCAUGGCGUUAGGCCUCGCCGCUUACCUGGAGAGUGGGUGGAACGUCUUCGAUUUAAGCGUCACGUUGCUGGCUCUGAUGGGAGCUGUUCUACUCAGCAUAGCGCCUAAACUCUUCAUUGUCGUCAUAUUUAGGCCGCUAAGACUAAUGCGCCUCUACAAACUGAAGAAGCGGUACCGCGACGUGUUCGGAACGCUAGUGCUGCUGUCUCCACUGAUGUCUUCCGCCGGCUGCGUCAUGCUCGUCAUGUACUUCUUCUUCGCCAUAAUCGGCAUGGAACUGUUCUCGUCUUAUGAUCUCAAGAACUGUUGUGUAAACACGACGGUAGAAGACUUCUACAAAUACUCCCUGAACGGCUCCACGGCUCUUGGCUAUUACUACCUGAACAACUUCGAGAACAUCAUCACCAGCGGGGUGACCUUGUUCGAACUGACAGUGGUCAAUAAUUGGUUUAUAUUGAUGAAUGCGUUUGCGACAGUCGCUGGACAGUUCAGCAGGAUAUAUUUCAUGGUGUUCUACUUAUUCACUAUGGUGGUUCUGACCAUCGUGGUAGCCAGCGUGCUUGAGGCGUUCCGUUUUAGGAUACAGUACAAACGCAGUACGAGUAAAAGAGAUGAGGAAAAAUUAUUACACGAGGAAGUUCACACGAGCUGGGAGGAAGCCCAGAGGUUAGGCGCCAGCGGCCAUCUUGCUGACGAGCUGAGACCUUAUCUACCUCCAGGGGUUGAGGUAACGUUCAUCGGCUCCAGGCCACGCACGAAAGAAGUGUUGCAGCGGAGAAUGUACCAGUCGGAGAUACAGAAAUGGCUGGCAGACGAGGACGAGAACGAAGGUCUGCCCCCAUCGACGACGAUAGCCUCCAGCGAGGAUCCCCUCGCCCCGCCACUGAUCCAGCAGCCGGAGACGGAAUCUAAUCACCAGGUUCGAACCGGUUACCAGUUGUAGAACAUGAUUCUCAGCGCGCUGUUCCAUCGGCUCGCGUUUAUCUGGGACGCAAUAAAGACAUUAUGAUGCAAUCUGUUCCGAUGGUUUUUUGGUUCGUUCCAGGCUUAAUGUAUUUUCGUAAAAAUUAAUCACAUUUUUGACCGACUGCAAAAAAGGAGG